AUGUUGGAUGCAUAUCCAUCAAACUUCCCUAAUUGUCCUAAGUACAUUAGUAGGUCUGUACCUCAAAAACGAUCAACGCGAUGUCUCACAAGAAAUGAAGAACCAUCUAGGAAGGGAUCACAAAAAGACAAUACCAAAGAUUUGCAUGAUACACACUCCCAAGUAACAACUGUAGAAAAGGAAGUAGAAGAACCCUCCACAUCUGAAGCAGCAACUACACAGCAUCCUGAGCUGUUAUAUGUCAAUAAAAUCUCUGCUUUGCAGUCUGAAUUGUUAAAAGUCAAAGAGGAUUUAUAUCGGUGCAGAAAGCAAAAGAUGAUCUAUAGGAAGAAACUGAAAACCCUUCAAACAGAAAAUCUCAAGCUUCAUCAAGAAAAUACUGAACUUAAAAUGAAACAGUUGUCAGCUGAUAAACUUGAUUCCUUACCACCAAGACAGAAACUUAUAAUAGAGCACAUGCUGAAAGCAUGCCAUAUAAAAAGCAAAAAGGGUAUGAGAUAUGACAUUAAUUGGUUACUUGACUGUUUACUUUUAAAAAUUAGGUCACCAUCUCUCUAUGAAUUUUUGAGAAAUAAUGAUUACUUGCCUUUACCCUGUCAGUCUACACUGCAUCAAUAUAUCAGAGGCAUUAAUGCCAAAUUUGGAUUUGAUGAAGAUCUUUUUGUUAUUUUAAAGACAAAAUUGGAGACAAUUCCACAAACAGAACGCCAGGGAGUUUUAAUUUUUGAUGAAAUCACACUUCAAAAACAUAUAGAACUUUCAAAAGCUACUGGUGAAAUGAUUGGACUUGUUGAUUGUGGUGACAAUUCUGAAUUGCCACAGAGUGAAUUUACAGCAGGUGAUCAUGGCCUAAUAUUUAGUAAUACUUUUGCUGAUGCUAUGCUGUUUUAUAAACAGCGUGAGGUUGCUAUCCUAAAGAAUGCAGAUGUUACAAUAAGUUUCAUACGUCACAUCAAUGCUCUUUUUAAUGCUUUAAAUCGUACAUUUCCACAGGAAGGAAUCAGACAUGAUUCAAAUGAUCCCAAGGUUAUUGAAGAAUCUCGAGAAUGGUUAAAUAGAUCGGACGCAUUCAGAUUACAAAUUAGAAGCACUGAUCAAAAGGGAUUUUUGAGCCACCAGACAGCAGAAAAUCUACGCUUGACGCUGACUAGUAUCUUAGCACUCGUCAAACAAUUGAUUCCAAACUCAUAUUAUAUCCUGACAGCUCAUUUUAAUCAGGACCCAUUAGAGGUAAAAUUGACUUAG